AUGUCGACCAUGUCGUCCAACAGCAUCGACAGACCCGCCAAAGAAGGCGCCUACGGGCUCGAACAUGAGCACACUGGAACGGAAGUCGGCCAGAUUCAGGGUGCAGAUAACGACAUUCUAGCCGAACUCGGUUACACACCUACUUUGACAAGAAACCGAACACUGGCAACAGUUCUGUUCCAAAGUAUAGCUAUCAUAGCUGUGCCGUUUGGCGAAGGUACUGCAUUGAACACAGCGUUGAUUGGAGGUGGUCAGCUUCCAUACUUCGUCGGCUGGAUUCUGGUGUCGGUGCUGGACAUGACCGUGGCCUUGAGUUUGGCAGAGCUCGCCUCCAGAUUCCCCACCGCCGCCGGUCCAUACUACUGGGUCUAUCGCCUGAUGCCGGAAAAUCGAUCCCGAAAGACAUUGUCUUUCAUCACGGGAUGGAUUUGGCUAGUCGGGAAUUGGACAAUUGCGCUCUCCGUCAACUUCGGCUUUGCCUCGCUCAUAGCUGGCACCGUAACAAUGUAUCAUCCGGACUGGGCUGCGACGCCAUGGCAACUGCUGCUCAUCUUCUACGCAAUCUGCAUCGGUGUCUUCGCCGUUGUCGCCUUUGGGAACCGGAUCCUUCCUUACAUCGACACUGUCGCCGCUGGCUGGAACCUCAUUUGCAUCCUCGUCGUUUUCCUGGGAUUAUCGAUCUCCGCAAAGGCGGGACGACACAGCGCAGCUGAUGCGCUCGCCUAUUACGAUACUACUCUUAGUGGGUGGGGCAAUUGGGGCUUCGCCAUCGGACUCCUACCUGCGGCCUACACCUAUGCCGCGUUUGGCAUGAUCACUAGUAUGGCGGAAGAGGUCAAUGAGCCAGAGCGCACGAUACCGAAAGCACUGUGUUACGGCAUCCCGUUGUCGGCUAUUACAGGGCUGUUUUACAUCCUGCCCAUCUGCUUCACGCUUCCACCGCUACAGGACGUCCUCAAUGCGCCAGCAGCCCAAGGCUUGCCAUAUAUUUUCCACACGGUGAUGGGAAGCCCUGGUGGCGGUCUGGGUCUUAUGUUCACUGUUCUGGGCGUCGCGGCUUUCUGCAGCAUAUCAAUCACAACCACCGCAUCUCGAUGUACGUGGGCAUUUGCAAGAGAUCGAGCCUUGCCAUUCUCUGCACUCUGGGCGAGACUCGACUUCGGCGACACUCCAGUAAUGGCUCUUGCCCUUACCACCAUCGUGCAAAUGCUCCUCAGCCUGAUCAAUCUGGGUUCCAGCAGCGCAUUUGUUGCGUUUGUGAGCGUCGGAGUAAUUGGUCUCGCCGCGGCAUACGCUAUUCCCGUCGCCGUGAGCAUGACACAAGGGCGGCAAGCCGUGUCGACGGCAUCGUUCCGUCUUCCUCCGAUCAUCGGCUGGAGUAUGAAUGUACUAAUGGUCGUCUGGAUUCUAUUUCAGAUGAUCUUGUUCAGUAUGCCGGCCACGCUACCUGUUACUGCGGUCAGCAUGAACUACAGCAGUGUUGUGUUCGUCGGCUUCUUCGUCUUGUCGACAAUCUACUAUGUGGUCUGGGCACGCAAAGUGUACGAAGGCCCAGCGAAGUCGGAUUUGGCAUGA